AUGGGUCGGGGCAAAAUCGAGAUAAAGAGGAUCGAGAAUGCGAACAGCAGACAAGUCACUUUCUCCAAGAGGCGUGGUGGGUUGCUAAAGAAAGCUCAUGAGCUCUCUGUUCUUUGCGAUGCUGAAGUUGCAGUCAUCGUCUUCUCCAAAUCUGGCAAGCUCUUCGAGUUCUCCAGUACUGGUAUGAAGAAAAUACUUUCGAGAUACGGAAACUACAAGAGUUCUUCUUCUUCGUCUUCGUCAGAUGCUUCUCUGAUUGAUUGUAAAGCAGAGGACCAGGAGGGUUGUUGUACAAAGGUGGAUCUUUUAAAGGAUGAGAUUUCAAAGCUUCAAGAGAAACAUUUACAACUUCAAGGUAAGGGGCUAAAUAUUCUGAGCUUGAAAGAGCUGCAACACCUUGAGAAGCAACUCAAUGAUGCAUUGAUUUCUGUGAGAGACCGAAAGGAACAAUUGUUGACUUACCAACUUGAAGAAUCGAGGCUAAAGGAACAGAGAGCAGAGCUGGAAAAUGAGACCUUACGUCGACAGGUUCAAGAACUCAGAAGCUUUCUCCCGUCAUUUAGCCAAAAUUAUGUUCCAUCCUACAUCAAAUGCUUCGCUGAAGAUCCCAAGAACUCUCUCCUAAACCACACUUGCUUGGGAGACAUCCAGAAGACCGAUUCAGACACAACUUUGCAAUUAGGGUUACCGGGAGAGGCACACGACAGAAGGAAGAACGAAGAAAACAGAGAUAGCCCGUCAGGCAACUCAGUGACAACAAACAUGACAAGAUAA